UUCAUCAUCAUUUUCGAAAUUCACCGUAUACAUUUGUCAACUGCAAACUACACCCGGGUCAUACCCGGAAAUUCCAAAACGGAUUCGGAUUCCUUUUCAUAGAUAUCUAAAACCCUCCUCCUAAAACCCUCCCUUUCCCUUUUCAACUAUUGAAGGAAGGCUUCUGUUUCGUAAACUCUGGUUUUUGUUUAGGGAGACAAAAAUGAUCAACUGAAAUUUAUCGAAAACGCAAGACUCAAUUUCAUCCCCUCUGCAGUCUCUAUGUGUCGUGGCUCUAAUAAGCUCCUACGUAAAAAAUUUGCUUCUUGCUUUCCCCUUGUUGGUUGGCUUUCGUAUAACAAUUACAAGAAUAGACAUGAUAUAAGUGCUCUUCUUAUUGAUUUUAGCUGUAAAAAAACCCAUAGCACUCGUAAUUUGUUAGAAUCAACUGGUGGAGGGCUCACAUUUCGUGUUCAAAGUUUUAACAAUGCAUCUCGAAGAUAUUCAAGCCACUGUCAUUCUCUGAAUUUUGCAUCUGGUGAGACUUAUUCUGUUCUCCAGUCAAGUAGUCUUAAGCACUGGUUCAAAAAUUGGCAAGAAUCAAGGAAGCAUAAGCUGACGGCAAGCACUUUUGCUGGAGCUGUUGGUUUUUGGCCUCGCCGGAGAGUCCAGCUCUGGUUAGAGAAAAUUGGCGCAAUUGAACCAUUUUCUGGUAACCUGGCUACAUGUUGGAGCAAUAUCAAAGAAGAGGAAGCUAUCGAAAGAUACAAGCUGAUUACGGGAAAUACUGUCUUGUUUCCUAAUUUUCAGGUCCAUGACAAUAAAAACCUGGAAGAUGAUUGGUUGGCAGCUUCACCAGAUGGGUUGGUUGAUAGGAGUGUUUAUGAUUUGCCUUCCCGAGGAGUGCUGGAGAUCAAGUGCCCAUAUUUUGAUGGAGAUAUGACAAGGGCCUACCCAUGGAAGCGAGUGCCCUGUUUUUGUAUUCCACAAGCUCAGGGCUUAAUGGAAAUCUUAGACAGGGAUUGGAUGGAUUUUUACGUUUGGACACCUAAAGGUAGUAGUUUAUUCAGGUUAUACAGAGAUUCAGAGUACUGGGAUGUUUUGAAAAUUGCACUCUCUGAUUUUUGGUGGGAACAUGUCCAACCAGCAAGGGAGGUGUGUAGUAACUCUGUAAUUUCAGAACCUCUCAAGCAAUUAAGAUAUCUUAAACCAGCACCUAGGCAUGAACUUUGGAGAGAUUUAGUGUUUGAAAGCAAACGCAUUGUUGAUAACUCAAGUUUACUGAUGCGUGAAAUACAUGGGAAACUGCGAAACUAAUGUGUGUAGAUGCUCAACUCUUUUCCACCUAAUCUGUGUGGUUUAGAAUUAAAGCAGUUCCAUUUUCUUAGCUGCAGAGCGUGAGCUUAGAUAAAUCUAACUCAAUAUAGUUGAUGACCAAGGUGCAUGGCGAAGUUAAAGAUGCAAUUUACUGAGGACUUGAUGUAUUAGUUGCAGUCUAGAGAUUAUAGUUUGACUGCAGCUUUGAGUUGAUACUGUUCCUGUCCUUGUCUAAACCAGCAGAGGGUGUGAAGAAAUCCUUUUCCCUUAAUUCCCUUAUUGGCAAGAUUCUUCCUGUCUACAAGGAGAUUGUGGCUGAACUAAAGUUGCUGCAAGUGCUAGUGCUACAAGCCAACUCUUGUGCUGAAUCUGGAUUCUCAUCAAUUACAAGCAUUUACUCAUGCUUGCUCUGAGAUUGUGGCUGAAUUAAAGUUGCUGCAAGUGCUAGUGCUACAAGCCAACUCUUGUGCUGAAUCUGGAUUCUCAUCAAUUACAAGCAUUUACUCAUGCUUGCUCUG